GUUGGAAUGCAAUGAUGUUGUCCUGUUUUGGCGAAUACAGCGAAUGCUUGGUAUCACUGCAAAUACUUUAAGACAGCAACUUACAAACACUGAAGUCAGGCGAUUAGAGAAAAAUGUUAAAGAGGUACUGGAAGAUUUUGCUGAAGAUAGUGAGAAGAAGGUAAAAUUGCUUACUGGUAAACGAGUUCAACUGGCUGAAGACCUCAAGAAAGUUAGAGAAAUUCAAGAAAAACUUGAUGCUUUUAUUGAAGCUCUUCAUCAGGAGAAAUAAAUUGUAAUAAACCUCCUACUCAUAGUAUAAUCACCUCUGCACACAUCUGAAGAAAGAAAACUCCAGAGCCUUUUGUCCUGCCUUUUUUUUCUUCUGCUAUUCCACCUUUCUAAACAUAAAAUAAAGUCAUGGAAUAAAAAUAAUUUAUGCGUGUUAGAGGCACUUUAACCAUCAUCUGCCUUUUCAAUGGAAAAACAGUGGAAAUGGCAUUAACAUUCUAUUUUUUUGUAUUAAAGUGACAAAUUGGGAUAAUUUAACUUGGUAUGGCCAGUAGGCUCAGUCCUUGAAGAUAAGAAACUUGCUCUCCUGCUUGUUGUCUCAUUUGUAGUGGCACUAGUUCAACUAACUCAUUAGCUGAUGUUACUCGAUGUCGGUUUCUUUUCCAGAAAAAGAAUGCUAGGUGUUUUGAAAUAAAACUGAUGGCAAUUUUCUAAAGGCUAUCAAUUGUAUAUAAACUGAUGGUAACCUGCUGAGUUGUUGUCUGUAUCUGUAAUGUUCUAUAUCCAGAAACUAUUUGACCAUGAUAAUUCAGUUUAUAUUCAUCACAUGAAAGAAUGCGAGUUAACAGAAAAACCCCUCAAAUAGGUUAAUUUGUAUUACAAUUCCGUGUACAUUCAGUGAAAGAUUUCAACCCUUCAUUGACAGCUUAGAAGUUGCCUUAGAAGCUAAGUGAGUAGCAGCUUACCUAUUUGAUUCAGUUGAAUGUUUUUGUACUCUCUCUACCCAUUUGAAAUUCAUUCAUUUUGGAUGUUGUAUACUUGAGCUAGGAUUUCUUGUUAACAGUGGUUUUUUUUUACCAUUUGACAGAGCUGAUGGUUUGUGACAUAGGAUAGGGAAGAUUAAGAAUAAUCAAUUGACUAAUUUCAUUUAGACUAAUUUCAGCUAUUGUCAAACAUUUCAGCUAGGCCUCAGGAAAAAAGCCGCCUUUCAUAAGACUGUACUUUAAAUAGAAAUUAUUUCAACAGUUAGAAUAAUGUUGACCAUCCACUUCUUCACUGAAUGUUUAAAGAAAAAUAUAAAGUUUAAUUCAUUGCAGUUUCAAUUACAGUAAUAUUCUCACAUCAUUUUCAUUUUUUAUAUAAAUAUUUUUUUAUUGGCUAAAGGACUUUAAAGCAAAGAAAUAGGCCAUUUUUUACUUUAAAUGUCUUUCUCAUUUAACUCUGCUCUUUGCUGCCAUUUCAUUAAGCCUUUAUUAUUCUAAUAAAAAUGCCCAUUGUGUGACAGUUUUUAUUUUACGGUUUACUUAAUUUUAGUUUUCUUGGAAUUACGUUUUGGUAACAGUUCCCUUGCCACCGCACAUUUUUUUUUUAAUUUAACAUCAGUACAUUCUUUAUUGUGAUCUCUGUCAAGAUCUGACACUUAAUAUGGAAGGUUAAAGUAUACCACAAAAUAUUUCCGAAAUUGAGGAUUCAGGAAAUACUUGUUUUAAACUUGUUGGUAAGAAAAGUAGAUCCAGUUUUAAGCAGCUAGUAGCAGUGUACUUUAUUUGGGAGCUGAGUAGUCAAGGACGUUUCUGUAUCCUUCAGACCUAGGGAUAGUGGGUGAAUGGAAAGGGAGUAGAGUCGGUGUUCUGUGCAAAGGUUAGGAGAUGACCUUACCGGUUAACUCCCGCUAACCAGUGUUGGCCAGUGGGUAAACACCUUCACGGAAGCAAACAUCACGCAAUGAUUAAUUAAUAUUUUUGCAGUUGCAAAACACAACCACUUUAUAACUACAAAUCUAUUUCUAAAGAAAAAACGAAAUAGGACCAUGUUUAUUUCUGUGUGCUAUGGAUAGGGAAAAAAUGCCCUCAGCUGAAUUUCUACAGAUUGCCCCCAAGCAAAAAGGCUGAUGUUAAGUCAGUACGACUAUUGAAUCUCUUUGUAUACAUU